UUUUCGAGUGGUACAAAUUGAGAGUUUCCGUACAUAAAUGUCAUCCACAUGAAUUUGAGCACUCUUUACGACCAUAGAAUCUUGUAAUAAUAUCCACUUACAAAAAAGUCGGAGAGCCCUUGAAAAUCUUGUAGUCGUACCGUUCACAAAACCAAAAAAAUAUUGUAAUUGUAGGGGGAAAAAAUGGCUCUGGAGAACUGUUUUCAAGUGAGCACAGUUUGCACCACAAGAACUGCUGCUCUACAAUGUUAUCAUCCAUUUUAUUCAAAAGAAAAACUUCAUUUGCCGAUAUGUAGCGGAUUGAAGAAGUCCAUUCUUACAUCCUCUUUAUCAUCUUCAUCUUAUCCUCAUUCCCUCAAAAGCAGACCCCGAAAAUCAAGCAUUGUCUGCAAAGCUCGGGAAGCUCUGGAUGAAGUUCAAGUGGUGACAGAUUCAAGCUGGAAUAACCUUGUAAUUGCGAGUGAAAACCCAGUUCUGGUGGAGUUUUGGGCACCAUGGUGUGGACCAUGCAAGAUGAUUGCACCUGUAAUUGAUGAACUAGCAAAAGAAUAUGCAGGAAAGAUCCUAUGCUGCAAGCUCAACACCGAUGACAGCCCGAACAUCGCCACUAAGUAUGGAAUCAGAAGCAUUCCAACUGUGCUGUUCUUCAAGAAUGGAGAGAAGAAAGAGAGUGUGAUUGGUGCAGUGCCAAAGUCCACCUUAUCUACUACCAUAGAGAAAUAUAUAGAGGCCUGAAAACAGAAAUGAAAAAACAAGCAUUUCCUUUUGGAGAAAGGGCACUAAUGUUAUGUUAAAUGUUAUCAUUGUACUCAUAAUAUCUCCUUCAUUUUGUACAUGCUAUUACUCUAUAAACCACCCUGCAUUCGACAAUGCAUAUUCAGUCUCUCUCAGGAACUCCUAAAUAUCAAGUAUCUUUUACAUGA